GCCGAAAGAGGGGAGGAAGAAGAAACACAAGAAGAGAAGUGAUUGAAGUGAAGAGAGGAGAAAGUAUGUCUUCAACUACUUCCACAAUACUCUUCACACUCACAAUCCUCCUCUCCCUCAUUCUUCCUUUUCUCGUGGUCGCUCAGUCUCCUUUUGCAUCCUGGAUGACCGAGCCCGAUGAAGAGGACCAGUUCUACGUCCUCGAUAACCCAUCCCUGCAGCCAGCCAACCUCCGGUCUAGGAGCCGGUUCCUUCUGAGCGUCAUAAAGAAAGGGACGAGCUGCAAUGCCGUGACUAAAAAUAUCUGCAACGGGGUUCAGGCGAACAACGGGACAAGCCUCCUUUACUGCUGCAAGAAACACUGCCGUAACAUUCUCGGCGACAGGAACAACUGCGGGAGGUGCGGCCAGAAAUGUAGCUUUGGGGAGCUCUGCUGCAAUGGAGUCUGUACUAGUGUUGCAUAUAACCCGUACAACUGCGGGAAAUGCAAUAAGAAGUGCGCUGCAGGGGUAAGCUGCAACUACGGGGUAUGCGGGUACGCUUGAGUUUGUCAGAGAUCGAUAUAUGCCUUAGGGUUUGAUCAAUUGCAGUGCUUCGAAUGCUAUUGGCAUGAAAAUGCAGAUUUACAUGGGUUAGAUAGUUUUGUUUGCAUUUUGUGAGGAAAUUUAUAAUUACAAGAUUAUACAUGUUACUUACGGGAGGUGUGCAAGUAAAUGCAGGUUUUGGCAUUUUUAGAGAUGAUUUAUUACGUUAUGCUUUAUUACAAGAAUGCAAUAUAUUUGAGUCUUAGUCAUAGUUUAUAUGUCGCAAUAAACGAUGAGAUUAUCAGUUUAUGGGAUAUUCCGGCAUGUCUCUCUUAAUAAAACGAUGCACAC